AUGUUCAGCGAGAUGACCUGCUGGACGCAGAGCGGCAUGUUGCAGAACGGCGGCGAGGUGACAAUGAUAGAUGCCCUGGACACGUUGUGGAUCGUGGGGCUGAAGGAGGAGUUCAACAAAGCGAAGGAGUGGCUGGCUGAUAACCUCCCUGCCAAGAUCAGGGCGAUCGGCAAGGCCGCUUCGGUGUUCGAGACCACGAUCCGGUCGCUCGGCGGCCUGCUCUCCGCCUACGAGCUGUCGAAGGAACCCGUGUUCUUGGACUUGUCUAAGCAGCUCGGGCACCGGAUCGUUGACGCAAUCAAGGAGGGCGGGAUCGCGCCUUACCUUUUCGGUGGCGGCAACGGAGGCUCCAAGUGCCGCACGCUGGCCGAGUCCGGCACCACCCAGCUCGAGCUCCGGUACCUCGCGCACGUCUCGGGUGACGACUCCUUCCGCGCGAGAGCCGACGAGUUCUACCGCACGAUCCAGAAGUACCCCUCCCUCGACGGCUUGUGGCCGAACUGCUUCCAGAACGGCAAGGGUACCAUCACCUUCGGCGCGGACGGCGACUCCUUUUACGAGUACCUGCUGAAGGUCUGGCUGCAGGGGGGGCGCAAGGACGAUCGCUUGUGGAGCAUGUACAAGGCCGCCGCAAACGCCCUCGAAAAGUAUUUGCUCCACAAGAGCCCCGACGGCCUGGACCUCGUCGGCGUCGGCGUCUGGAAUGGCGUCCCGGGGGAGGUCAAGCUCUCCGAGGAGAUGGAGCACCUCGCGUGCUUCGUGCCGGGCGCGCGCGCGCGCGCCCUGUCACUGCGGGGGGGGAGCGGGCCUCCUGCUCCGAGGGCCUCCUGCUUCGAGGCUCUCCACGCCGACGGGCUCCCUCCCGAGAGGGGGCGCGGAGACCCAGGCCUCCGCAG